CCAGGCUGGGAGACCAGCUUGACCAGCUAAGCCAGGCUGGGAGACAAGCUAAAACCAGCUACUUCCAGCUUAAACCAGCUAAGACCAGUCAACCAGCUUAGGCUGGUUUUAGCUGGAUUUUUCAGCGAUUAGCAUUUUCCGUUAUCCAUUCCAUUUUCCAUUUCCAUAUCACUAUCUGUCCAUUAGCAUUUGCUUUUGUUACAAGAAACAUUUUCGACAGCCAAAUUUCUGCCUCUCGUCUUUCUCACCUAAAGGAUAGCAGACAUCUUGAUCACGACUUGAUAGCAGACAUCUUGAUCACAGAAAACCAUUCUAAUCACCACUAAUCAUGUUAAUAAUUGCUAAUAGUGCAUUUCCACAGUGGCUUCAGUUACCAAAACACUCCAGGCCACUAGGUGUCAGUAUAAGUCCAAGGCGACAGCUAUAUCGCUAACUAUCAUUAACAGUUUUAUUUAGCAUAUAGCAUUUGCUUUCGCUGCUAAGUGUCUGUGUAAGUCCAAUGUGACUGUUACAUCAUUAACUGUGAUUAGCAUUUUCCAUUUCCAUAUCACUAUCUGUCCAUUAGCAUUUGCUUUCGUUACACGAAAUGUGUACAACAUCCAAAUUUCUGCCUCUCAUCUUUCUCACCUAAUGGAGAGCAGACAUCUUGAUCACGACUAGCCGAAAAACAUCCUAGUGUCUCCCAUGUCACUAGAAAUACACUAAUCAUGCUAACAGUGCAUUUCCACAGUGGCUUCAGUUACCAAAAUCUCCAGGUCACUAGGUGUCAAUGGAAGUCCAGGGCAGCUGUUAUAUCAUUAAUUAUCAAUUAGCAUAAAGCAUUUGCUUUCACCGCUAGGUGUCAGUGUAUGUCCAAGGUGACUACUAUAUUGUUAACUAUACAUUAGCAUUUUUCUUUAGCAUAUAGCAUUUACUUUCACCACUAGGUGUCAGUAUAAGUCCAAGGCAAUUGUUAUAUUGUUAUCUAUCCAUUAACUUUUUCCAUUAGCAUAUAGCAUUUACUUUCACCGCUUGGUGUCACUAACAGUCCAUUAGAAUUCACAUUCAUCUUUUGUUUUGUGGUUUCAGUCCAUUUGUGAUAGCUAGCCUAGACGUUAGCAUCUAUAGCUAAUGUGCUCAUCAAAGCUGGCAAAAUGUAGCAAAUCAAAUUUAAAAUCUCAGUGAGUCCUGCUGUUUGCCUGGGCACACAAAACUACAAUCCUACAAAUUAGCAAUAGCAAGUCAUGCUAAAGGCUGGGAUAAACCAAAGGUCAUUAUAUCAUUAAAAACAACCCAAAAAAUUAGCUCGUCAAGCAAAUUCAUGGGAUCUAAUUUUGGAAAUAUCUUUAGGAUUCACCAAAUCCAUUUCACUCAUAAUUAUCAUGAGCUAGUUGUACUGGUGAUGAGCUAAAUUGCGUGAAAUGCCUUCGUUACACAAAAUGUUGUGUACAACUUUCUGCCUCUCGUCUUUCUCCUUGCUUCCCCCCGGUGAGCUGACACAGCUCCUCUGCGUUAGCUGCUUUGUGUCUAAUAGGAUCAGAGGGCUUUACGUUGUCAUCUGAUAAACCUAAUCCUCUUGAUAGCUGCGCUGCACCUUCUGAGCCAAUUUGUACUCAAUUAGCGUAAUGAGGAAACAAGCGCGGAGCUUCAGGAACUACAUCAGCUUGAUCGAAUAAUUGCACUGUCUCUUGCCCAAUCCCAUCAAACAUCAAACCGAGAACUCGAAUCGAUGACUCUAUGACCAGUAGUGUGGAUCAGUGGUUCUCAACUGGUUUUGCUUGACUUUCCCCAACACUCCACCACAAUUGUUUAUUACAAAAUUGAAUUCUGACAUAUUUAUUCUCUUGGCCCAUUGGGGUUGGUUUUAAUGCAAUUUGACUGUCAAGUGGCAUUUCCUCAACCUGUCCAUGUUUACUAGCUUCUACAAAGUAAAACUGAAUUGCUCUAAAAUACUCAAGAGUUUGAUUGGACACAUUGCCUCUGAUGUCAAAAUAUAUAUCAGAAGAUAAAUGGCAAUAAGUAGCAGGAUGGAGGAUGGACAUUCCCAUUCCUUUCUAGGAACUCAGGGAUCAACAGGGAUCUCAUGCACGUGAGCAGCAGCUGUUUGGUCUCUACGGGCAAACUCCAAGCUUUCCAGAGACACCCACACACACCAGCUCUCUGUCCAGUGGAAUCCACUGGAGAACUUCUGUGCAUUCGUACGAUUUCAUGUUUAAAGUGAGAGCGAUCGAGGUCGGUUGGGACGUACAGUAGCAGACGGAGGCGUGCUCAUCACCCGCAUGUGACCCGCUGUAGGGAGGAACAGGUGGAUGCUGGUCAGACCGGAGACGGAGAGCGCAGGGAGCAUCUCGUGUCAGAGGUAAAACCUGUCCGUAUUGGAUUCCUCCAUAAGAUCAAGUGCUUUUAUCAGUUGGACGGUCUCAUCCCAGCAUUCGAAUGCAUUUGUCACUGGACACCAUGAACAUGGUGGAUGACAGCUGUCUUUCGCCCAGUAAUUUCCACGACAUGGUCAAAGCAGGGGGCGCGGUCGGAGGCACCCGUGUCCACAGCAUAGAUGUUAUCCUGGGCUUUAACAAGGACCAGGAUCCUUUGCUCAACCCUGGAGGCAAUGCUAUAGCACACAAAGUUGGAGGGGAUGGUCUUGGAGAUCCAGGGAAGCAGGACCAGCGGGCACAUCCUUACGGACACCUGCCAACCCUCAGAGACAGCUCGGAGCAACCCGUGUUUCACGAUGCUGAUAUAUUCUCCAACAAGUGUGAUGGAGAGCUGAGUGACCUGCGGAAGUCCAUCGAGAGCGACAGCAAGUCUCCAGACUCUGCUGAUGGGGAGCAGCCCAAGAAAAAGCACAGGCGCAACCGCACCACUUUCACUACCUACCAGCUCCACGAGCUUGAGCGAGCCUUCGAGAAGUCCCACUACCCUGAUGUUUACAGUCGAGAGGAGCUAGCCAUGAAAGUCAACCUUCCUGAAGUUCGAGUUCAGGUUUGGUUCCAGAAUCGCAGAGCCAAAUGGAGGCGACAGGAGAAAAUAGAUGCAAGCACCAUGAAGCUCCAUGACUCCCCCAUGCUCUCCUUCAACCGACCGCCCAUGCACCCCACCAUGGGACCCAUGAACAACUCACUGCCCCUUGACCCUUGGCUGACAUCCCCUCUAUCCAGUGCCACUACAGUACAGAGCAUCCCAGGGUUCAUGGGUCCUACACAAGGAUUGCAAGCAGGCUAUCCAAGUCAUGGUUUCCUUAGCCCACCCCAAACCUUGGCCCAAAGCAUGCAGCCCAUGGCACCACCUCCAUACCAAUGCCCUCCUCACUUCACCGACAAAUACCCUCUGGAGGACGUAGAUCAGCGCAGUUCAAGCAUCGCCGCUCUGAGGAUGAAAGCUAAGGAACACAUCCAGUCCAUGGACAAAACCUGGCAAACCAUGUGCUAAGACAGGGUACAUCUCUCUUUGACUGUGGGCUUUCAUGUUUCUUGGUUACUAAUUGGUACUGAAGGCUAAUCAAGAACCAUGUCUCUUGUAUUGGAUGGUUAUCUUGUUCUCCAGUUCAGAAAAUGUUGGGGAACCGAAAUGGCGCUAACUGAACUGUGUGCCAUUUAUUUAUUUUUUUGCAACUGGAUGUAAAAAAAAAAAAAGCUUCCAAGAAAACCAGCAACUGUUGAUUCUGAGUGACGAUUUUGCUUAACAAUUCUGUUCCAUAUAUGUAUUUGUAAGGCACACAUUGGUAUGUUGUUUAACUUUCCUAACAAGUUUAAUUGGUUUUGAAAUGGUUUCUAGAACCAGAGUUACUGACAUGUGAAUAUGAGACAUGACCUCUGUCUACAAAUUCACACUUCCUCCUUAAGGACUGGUCCAGAUGUUUUGGGUUGACAUAGAAGAUAAAUAUGGUCAGUGGUUGGAAAAGACCUCUUAUACAGGCAGCUGAUUUCAUUUAGAGCAAUCCAUCAGUCUGAUCAGAAAGGCAGGGACAGGGGACAGAAAUGAUUGGUUUGGGGGAGACAUUUGUAUGCCUCAGUGUUCAUUAGAGGCAAAAGCAUAUUGGCAGACCCAUCUUCUGUAUGUGCAGAAGAGCAGAAGGGGAAACUAUCUGCCGUCACCCCUCCAAAACUCCCCCUUUGUUUGGGCCAGCUGAUCCAAGUCUGAUCUUUGUUUUCACUUUUUUUUAGAAGGAAUGACAGUCAGACACUAUCACUCUAAGACACCAAUCAAAAUGAUUUUUAGAUAAAACACCAUCAAUGUGCUUUAAGGGUCAUUUUAUGAUUACUAUGAGAGUAAUUUACCAUCAAAACAGACCUGGCUUCAAAGGACCACAAUUUUGAUGGCAUGUCCUCCAAACACGCAAGUGGAAUUCGCUUUUUAAAGGAAACUCACUCAGUUCAUGUUGCCAGAGUUUUUGUAGCAAUAAAUUUUGUAGUUGUGUUUGACUAAUAAAGUUCUGCAUAACAAGAUAUUGACUCCUGUGAGGAAGAGUCUUAAACUUUUGGGAUGAUUGAAUUAUUCAAUUGAACAAAGUAUGCUUACUAAUAAUAAAAAUGUUUUAAGUUUAGUUGUGUAGAGAUAUUGAAGAGUUUAUAGAUAUUAUAAUAUAUACAGUUGAUUAAACUGUAUAAUUCAGUUGUUUUUUGUUGUUUCUAACAGUUCUGUUAUGGGGCAAUCUAUGAUGUUUUGGUAACUUGCACAGUUUGAACUAUUGAAAAGCCAAAGUUAGACAGCAAUAUGACAAUCAUGGGUAGUUAAUAUGAGUGUGGGGAUGUGUAUGAUGUUAUUUCCGAUGUGUGUAAUGUUUCAUUGUUUUCACAAUUACUUUUUGAACAGAGCAAUGAAUGUUCACAAAUGUUCUUCAGAAUAAACAAAUCUAGUUUCUCAGA